AGUGGUGUGGAAAAGAUGGCUGCUUCGGCGGCAACAGCGAGUUCUCUCCCCGGUUUGUGUCCAAAUUACGCCGUGGUUUGUUCGUUCCUAGAGCGAUACGGAGCCCUGUUGGACUUGCCGGAGCUCACCUUCCCUCAGCUGGAGAGAUACCUGCAGGACACAUCCUCAGUUCCAAAGCUGCUGGUUGAUCUUCACGUCAAGUUGCUGAGGAAGAUUGGGAAGUCAGUUUCUGCAGACAGAUGGGAGAAAUACCUCGUCAAGAUAUGCCAGGAGUUCAACACAACCUGGGCGUGGGAACUGGAGCAGAACGGCUACAAGGAGCUGUCCAUGGAGUGUAAGACGGACAUCCUGAAGUAUUUAUGUGAGAUCCAAUUUGACGAGAACGUGAAGUUCAAGACCGCCAUCAACGAUGAAGAUCCGGACAAAAUGCGGCUGCAGCCAAUUGGCCGGGACAAGGACGGGCAGAUGUACUGGUUCCAGCUGGACCAGGACGACAACGUGCGGGUUUAUGUGGAGGAGCAGGACGACCUGGACGGCGCGUCGUGGAAAUGCAUUGUCAGAACUAGAAAUGACUUGGCUGAAGUUGUCGCUCUCCUAAAGACACAAAUCGAUCCCGAGCUGCUGAAGAGAGACCUGGAACAGAAAAGUAAAGCAGAGGGGGAGGCGGACAAAGACAAAGGAGACACAAAAAAGGCUGACGAUACGUCGGAUGAAGACCUGAAAGACAAAAAUGAAGGAACAGAAAACUCGGAGGUGAAAUCAGAAACCAAACUGUCACUAAAUGGCGUCAUCGAAGCUAAACUGGAGCCAGAACUCGUUUCAGAAACCGUCAGCGCCAAGGCUCAGAGCAUCAAAGAGGAGCCGAUGGAGGCAGCGGACUCCAAACCGCCUCCGACCGACCCGACGCCUCCCUGUGCCGCCGUAAAGGGAGAGGAGGUGAAGAAGAGCGCCUCGGAGGAGAUCCAGCAAACCCUAAAAAAUGACCAGCAGGCCAAAAUUCCACUGAAGAAACGGGGAAUGAAGUUCAGCGAGGACUUUGGUGAGAAAAACGGCACCAUCACAGCACAAAAUCUGUCUGUUCCCGAGUCAAAUCUAGAGCAGAAAGUCCAGAGAAUACACGAUCAGGUGAAUGGCGAAGUUCUGCCUCCAGUGGAUGGAGAACCAGAGAAACAGAGGAGUAAAGAUAAACCCACGGAAAACCUUCCUGCUGCUGCUGCAGGCGGCGAUAAAUCACUCCAGGACGACUCGACAAGAACGGAAGAAAAGGGAACUGAAAACAGAGAAACAAACAAACCUCCCCAAGAAGCAACGCUGGCGUGUGAAGACGGGGACAAAUCCUCCAAUCAGGAAGAGGAGGAGAAAAUGGAUGAAUCCGAACCAGAAGAGGUCAAAGCAAAAGAAACAGGUGAAGCAAAUCCUGAUGUUACAUCUGCAGAGUCGGAGGAAAAGUCAUCCUGCGUGGAAACGGAUGUGUCUGAGUCGAAAAAAGAGUUGAGUGUUGGCGAGUCGGAUUCAUCUGAAGCGAAAGACACGAAGGAAAGCAUCAAAACUAAAGACGUGGAUCUUGCACAGGAAGUUUCUGCAGAGAAAGAUCUGACGAAAAAAGAUCCCGCAGAGAAAGGUCAGACGAAAAAAGAUCCCGCAGAGAAAGGUCAGAAUCCCGCAGAGAGAGGUGAGACAAAAAAAGAUCCCGCAGAGAGAGGUGAGACAAAAAAAGAUCCCGCAGAGAAAGGUGAGACAAAAAAAGAUCCCGCAGAGAAAGGUGAGACAAAAAAAGAUCCCGCAGAAAAAGUUCUGGUGACAAAAGUUCCUGCAGAGAAGGAUCAUACAGAGAAAGACUCUGCAGAGAAAGAUUCAACGGAAAAAGAUUCUGUGGCGAAAGAUCCAACAAUAAAAGAGCUAACGACAAAGGAUCCUGCAAAAAAAGAUCCUCAAGAGAACGAUCCAAUGACAAAAGAUCCUGUAGAGAAAAAUCAGACAAAAAAAUUCUCUGCAGAAAAAGAUCCUGCAGAGAAAGAUUCGACAAAGACUUCUGCAGAGAAAGAUUCUGUGGCGAACGAUCAGUUGAUAAAAGAGUCAAUGACAAAAGAUCCUGCAGAGAAAGUUUCUGCAGAAAAAGAUGUAGAGAAAGAUUUGACAAAUGUUUCUGCAAAGAUCGAUCUGACGACAAAAGAUUCUGUAGAAACAAAUCAGACAAAAAAUGUCUCUGCAGAAAAAGAUUCUGUUGAGAAAGAUCUGGUGACAAAAGUUCCAGUGAAGAAAGAUCCUGCAGAGAAAUAUUCAACAAAAAAUGUGGCAAAAGAUCCAGCAAUAAAAGAUUUAACGGCAAAAAAUCCUGCAGAGAUGGAGUCUGCAAAGAAGGAUCAGACGACAAAAAUUUCUGCAGAAAAGGGCCCUGUGGCGAAAGAUUUGACAAAAGAUCCAACAAUAAAAGAUCCUGCACAGAGAGAUUCAACAAAAAAAGAUUCUGUAGAAACGGAGUCUGCAACGAAGGAUGUGCUGAAAAAAGUUUCUGCGGAGAAAGAUCUGGCAGAAAAGGAUCCUGUGGCUAAAGAUGCAAUGAAAACAGGUCCUGUAGAGAAAGACGUGUCGGAGAAGGAUUCAACAAUAAAAGAUCCUACAGUAAAGGAUCCUUCAAAUAAAGAUCCUGCCCAGAAAUCUGCUGAGCCCAAAGCUGAGAUAAUUCAGUGUGCUGAUGCAAAAACAGACAAACCAAUAAUCACUGACAAAUCAGGAGAGAAAACAGAAGCACCUCAUGUAAACAAAGACAAAGCAGAGUCUGGUACAUCAAACAGGAAGAGUGACGACGUUGAAAAGGUGAGUUCAGAAAAUCGACAAGACGGAAAGAAAGAUUCAAACUGCAAAGAUGGUACGAUAUGCGACUCCAGGCUGACGGGAGAAGAAUCGGGUGAUGACAACAAUCGGACGAAGAUGCAAACUGAUGAGAAAAACUCUGAACAGAAAUCCUGCGAACAGACAGAUAAACCAUCCAGUCCUGCUGAGAAGAAAAAAUCCCCCAAAGAAACAGAAUCUAAACGGAAAGAGGAGGAAGUGUCGUCGACAGCCAAGGACCCACCAUCAGAAAAUAAGAAAGAAAUUUCGCCUGACAAAGGAAAGGAGGAUGGUUCCCAAAAAAGUGAAAUAACGGAUGAAGAAGCUCAGAAGCAAAACAAAACUGAGUCAAGUCCAACAAAUUCAAGCAAAGAAUCCGAGUCCUCAAAAGAAACGGCGGAAAAGCAAACCAAAGGAGCAGCCGGUGACGCGCCUGCAGACUGUGGCAGGAAACCAGAACAGGUGCGGAACGGCAAUGGGGGCUCUCCACCACAAGGGGGCGCACGUCGACGAAAUAGGCCACCGACGCACAGGAGGAGAGCCGAGCUGCAGAGGGUGGAUCGUCACGGUGACUCGGAGUCAGACACGAACACAGGGCGGUGUCUGAGGCGGUCGCCGAGGAUCUCCAGGCCAACGCAGAAGGCCGUGGAGGUUCAGGAGAAGAAGAUAGAGAAACCCCCGCCCACUCCUCUUCUUCAGGAUCGUGACGAAGACCAAGACAAGAAAGAGGAGGAAGAGGAAAAGGCGGAUGUGAAGACGGUUCAAAAGAAACCCAAAGAGAAAAAGGCUGAUCAGGAGGGCCAGCCAAAACCCAAAGGGAGAAAAAGGCGGAGAACUCGGUGGUCCAACACUCGAACGCGCAGGAAAAGGAAAAACUCCGACGAUGAGGACGAGAACAGCGAGGAGUCAUCGAGCGAAGAGGAGGAGAGCGAAGAGGAGGACGACAGCGACGAAGACUACAAGGUCGAGCGAAACCGGAAGAGGAGGAACCGGAACCGGGAGAGGCGGAGCUCGGACUCGUCCACGUCUUCCGACGACGAUCUACCUCCAAAUGACGACCCCUGCAAACACUGUGGUCUUCCAAAUCAUCCUGAACUGAUCUUGCUGUGCGACUCGUGUGACAGCGGCUACCACACCGCCUGCCUGCGGCCACCUCUCAUGGUCAUCCCGGAUGGAGAAUGGUUCUGCCCACCCUGUCAGCAUAAGCAGCUCUGCGACAAACUGGAGGAGCAGCUGCUGAACCUCGACGCCUCAUUGAAGAAGAAGGAACGGGCCGAGAGGAGCUCACCAUCCUUGGAUUCAGAAGAGGAUCUGAUCCAUCAAGAAAAAAAAACCCGACCCAAAAGGAAGGAGCGGCUUAUUUAUGUGGGAAUCAGCGUUGAGAACAUCAUCACGCCUUCUGUGGAGGUGGAGCAAGAAAAACCUGAGAUCAUCAUCAAGGAGAAGAAGGAAGCAAAGCGGAGUAAGAGCUGGGGUCGCAGAUCGACGAGAGCCAAGAAAACCAUCAGCUACAGAUUUGAUGAAUUUGAUGAAGCAAUCGAGGAGGCCAUUGAGGAAGACAUCAAAGAAGCAGAAGGUGGAGGAGCCGGUCGGGGUAAGGACAUGGCAAACAUCACGGGCCACAGAGGCAAAGACAUCUCCACCAUUCUGCAAGCAGAGGAAGGGAAAGAGAACGGCCGUCCGCCGCGACCCAACGCCGCCCAGCGCAGGAAGAAGCGCCGGCGACUCAACGACCUGGACAGCGACAGCACCGUGGACGAAGAGGAAAGCGAGGAAGAGUUUCGCCUCAGUGAGACCUCAGAGGAAGAGUUUGUCGUGUCCGACAACGAGACGGAGCCGGAAACGGAGGCGGAGUCGAACGGCAGCAACCAUGGUGGGCGGCGCCACUCGUCGUCGUGGAGCAGGAGGCCGCAGAAAUGCAGGCAGAGCUCCAGGAAGAGGAGGAGACCCAAGUGGUACUCAGAUGACGAAGAGGAUGAGACGGAUGACGAAGUGGAGGACGACGACAUUGAGACGGAACGGUCGAGUGACUACAGCGACAGCGACCUGGACAUGAGUCGGCGGCGGUCCCGGCGGAGCCACAAGAAGGAGGUGAACUACUGCGAGACGUCGGGGUCCGAAGGCUCUCAGGCCGGAACCAACCGGGCCAAGAUGAAACCCAGGCGGUGCCAGGACAGCUCCGACAGCGACGCGAGUUUCUCCAGAGACUCUGAAGACGAGUCGAAGGACCUGAAGAUGAAGCGAAGAGUCGAUUCUUCAGAAGAAGACUCCCGGCAGCGGCGCAGGCGGCUGGCGCUGAAACGCAGGCGAGCGUCUCGAGACUCUGACUCUGACUCUGAGUCUGACUCAGACGAUUCUUCAGAGGAGGAUCGGCCCAUACGAAAGCGAGUGAACCGCAUCGACUCAGAUGAUGACGAGGAGGAGGCGCAGCAGGAGGAAAAGCCUAAGGAGACGAAGGCGGAGGAGGAAGAAGAGAAGGAAGAUUCAAAGGGAACAAACUCGUUGGACCGCAGCACGGCAGAGAAGCAGCCCGCAAACGGACGGAGCGAGAUGAAGAACUUGGACGGCGUCGCCGCUCCACACCUGGAGACGCCUAAAACUGUGAGUUCCACACCGGCCGCCGCAGCCGCCCCGAACGGACUAGUAGGACAGGAAAUGGCGGCGCAGGACGACGACGAGGACGACCUGUUAGGAGUCACAGACUUGGUGGACUACGUCUGCAAUAAUGAACAAUUGUAAAAAGACAACAGAAAUGGUGUACCGUUUAUUAUUUUUAUUAUUUUUUGUGGUAUUGUAUUUUUAUAUUGCUUAACUUUAUUAUUCCCUCCCCCUUCCAACAGUGGUUGUUGUUUUUAUUUUGACAUGGAGCUUCAUUCUCGGCGCCAACGCAUCAUCAGAUCCUCCACUGCCAAACCUGUCGUCAUUUUUCUUCCAGCUGUUUUUCUUUUUUGUAGAUUUCAAUCUGUUGAAGCACUAACAUACAUUUAUAAAAUCUGGCACUGAAACAGUUUGUAUUUUAAACAUUUGGUUACUGUUGGAUUGCUUGUCUGACUUAAAGUAUCAUUCCAUACGAAGGCUUCACCGAUUGCAGCUUUCUGGUUGAUUGAUGAUCUUUGAAAAGCCUGAGCUGCUGAUGUUGGUUUUUUUUUUUUCUUUCUUUUUCUUUUUUUUUCUUCUUUUCCAUAACUGACGCUGUAACAGUCGCUAAGUUGGUAACAGUGAGGUGGAGUUAGACAGUAGAGGUGAGAAUAUUUUAUAAUUUUUAUGCCAAUUUUUGGGGCCAAGAUUCAAUUCAAAUUCAAAACGAUUAUUGGUGAUUUCUGUUUUAAUAUAAUGAGCGGAGGAUUCUCCUGAUCUACUCCAGUCUGCUUUGCAAUUCAGAAACGAACUGAGAACCGCGUUUUCACAAAAUGGAGGCUGAAAGAUUUGUUUUUGUCGUUUUUGGAACAUUUUAAAUCGAUUCUGAAUCAUAGUAAGUGAUAAGUUGGGAUUCAUAUGGAAAUCAAUGUUUUUGUUUGGCACACCUCUAGUUAAUAUGAUCGGUUUCACAUGCAAGUAACGGCCGAUUUAUCUGUGCACCAGCUUUUCCAGUGAAACGUACAUAAUUGCAAAGUCUUUUAGAGAUUUUUAACAUUAACGAAUAAAUAUUUGAAUUUGCUCAAGCGUUCCAACCCACAAUUUUUGGCUUGAAUAAUAUUUCCACAGAAAUUAAAGCUUCUAAUCUGUGAACUGCAAGUUUACUUAAAAGUUGCAGCUAGUUGUUAGAAAAUCUGACCCCUAGUGGCAGUCCAGGUGUAUUUCGGGGGGGAUUUGUAAAUUAAAAUGUGUUCUAAAUAUUUAAAAGGAAUAAAUUUUAUUCAAAUAAAUACGCCCAGUUGAAAUUUUUUAGCUUGCAAAAAUAAAUGUUUUCUUGUACAGUGGAGUUUUGAUUUCUUGGCCUUGUCCUGUUUUUAGCUGAUAAAUUGUUCUCUGUAAAUUACAUAUGGAAUAAGCUAAACCUUAAAAUAGCUGGAUGAUACCGGACAACAUCUGGAAAUCUGUGUUCUCUUUUCCCACCAUCCGUUUCCCAUCCGUCUCGUGUUCAAGGUGUGAAUGUAUCCGAGUGACCAACCUGUAUUUUUUUUCACCCCUCCCUUUUUGAACUUUUGUAUUUGAGUGAUAGCGUAGAUUUUUGUAUAUUGUAUACAUUGUGUAAUUAUUUUCAUUCUGUGUAUUGCCAUCAGCACCAGUGGUGAGCUCUCUGUUAUUGAGAAUUGUUUUGAGGAAAUGAAAGUUAAACUAUUGUCCCUUCUAAUCCUCAGAUCUUGCAGUGUCUUCAUAUUUCAUUUAUUUUAUGUAUUUUUUUAUUUGUAUAUCUAAACCAUUAUUUGAGUAAAAAUGUAAAGUGUCUUAUUUUUAUGUACAUUGUCCCUCAUUGCAUGUUUAAAAUCAUGCAGCUCCAUCGUAACGUUAUUUUCCUCACUCUUCUUCCCCAGAUCUUCCAACACUUUUGUUUUCAUAAUCUUGAACCCGAGUCGGGUUUUCUGGAUUUAUCCCCAAAGGUUCAAAAUUAUGAAAACAAUCUGUAAUAAGCAGCUUGGAAGUAGAACUGAGAAGUUUUUCACAGGAGGAAUGGACAUAAAAAAUUUAAACCAAUGAAUAUACUGACCUCUGCUGGAACCAGUCUGUGUGUAUAUCUGUAGUUUUGGCUGUAUUAUAUUUAGAGGCAUUUUGUAAUCAUGGAAAAGGAAAUAUAUUGGGCAAUUCUUUGGGAUUGCAUGGGUUUCUAUUAGUUUUGUUUGUUUGUUUUUUUUGUAGAAAAGUAAUAUUGGCACAACAGUUUUUAUAGCAAAAUCAAAAAAUCUGGGCAUGUUUUACAGAUGUGUGUCUCCUGACCUGUUUUGUUGGUGCUGAGGACGUUGUGUCAUAGACAUGUGUUGACCAAGUGAAGGGAAAUGGGAUGACCUGAUUUGAGAGAGAAUAUUGUAAAAAAUGUUGUAAAUUACUCUUGAGCGCCGUCUUCAGAGGAUAAGUUUCUCUAUUGACCGGAAACGCGAAAAAUCUCUACAAGCUGCUUACAGUGAACACAAAUGUUACGACAUCCAGCCUUCAGCUGGACAGAAUUUAGCAAACCCAAAUAUAAAAGUGUAAUGAAACGUGUUCUGGUGGGCUGAGUUGAGAAAUGUAUUAAUACGUAUUGCGUAUGAAACAAAAUUAGAGCGGUCAGUGAAAAAGACCAGUGCCAACAACUGAAGUGUUAACUGUUUCCUUUUUACCUCAUGAUGAAGCUGGAAAGAAAGAAACCCUGUCCACUGUGCAUAGUUCCUAGUAGACGGAUUGUGUUUUGUCUGCUAUAUACUUUUGUUUGUUUACUGCUAUUUCUUAUGGAUCGGCUCUUGUACAUUUCUUAUAAUAAACGGGCUUUUAAGCCUUAUGUUUGUCUUG